GGACAAUCGUAAUAUCCGCCGUGUCUACGUGCGACGGCCAUAUUACACUUCCGUUCUUCAAGGGUAUCUGAAGACACCAGGCGAAACAACAUGUACCGGUUUGCUAAGGCUGCAGUCAACGUUACCGGUCAGGCCGUGCGGCAGGUGAGGCAUGGGUCCACCGUCCGCCAGGACUUCCACUCAAAGUACGGCACCGGCCUGAUGAUCGGUGGAGCUGUCUUCUGCACGGCUGUGUGGUCAUACGUGCUGACUCAGACUGGCAUCACUUGGAAUCUGUCACCAGUCGGAAAGGUCACGCCAAAAGACUGGAGAGAGGCCGAGGAGUGAAAAGCCGCCAUGACAGACCUGCAUCUUACCUAAUAAACCUUCUGGUUGUACAGAUGAAGAAUGAAAAUCUGUGUUCAGACAGUGAAUGCCUGUGCUUACUCCAACAUGUUACUUUACUAAAUUAAAUGUGAUUCUACUGAA